AUGGUUCGGCGCCAAAUGCCGCCGCGCGGCUGCAAGAGCAAGAGCCAGAGCGCCGCCAGGCCCAGUCUUAGUCCCAGCCGCCUGGCCAAGAAGCCCAGCCUGACGCCGACCACCGGUUCUCAGGCGCCAUCGCAGACCAUCGCAAAGUCGAGGCCCACCGGUCUCGAGACGAUUUUUGAACGGCCCGGCAAUGAGGACGACGGACCCACCAGCAGCCAUGCCGUGGCAUUCGGCGAGUGCCAGCGCCGCGUCCUCGCCCUGGGUACGGGCGAAAAACAAAGAACCCUGUCGCAGAAGAGCUGCCUGAAGGUGCGCAACACCUUGGGCGAACGCAGCACCCGGCACAUGAUGACACUGCGGGCGUCCCGCACUACUUUGGACAGCGUAAUGCUCGGGGGCUCGGACGAUGAAGGCGAGUCGGUCGGAGUCGCUCCCGCAGUCGCUCCCGUAGCUGCUCCCGAAGUCGUUCCCGCUGGAGGAAAUGCCGGUACAAAUCAGCCGGCACCAUUCGUGCUGCGCACCAGCAGGAGGCUCAAGAGUCUGCCUCCGUUUUAG